AUGGCUUCUUUCAAGUAUCUGAUAUUCGUCGCCUUGGUCGCCCUCAGCGUGUACUCCGCAGUCGCCGAAGAAGCACCAAAAGCCGAAGAACAAGGCGCUGACGCCGCCAGAGUGAAGAAGCACGCUUACAUCGCUGCCCCAGCUUUGGCCUACUCCUCUCCAGUGUACCCGUACGCGUACUCGGCUUACCCAUCGGCUUACCCGUACUCGUACUCGUACCCGGCCGCAUACCCGACCGCUUACGCCUCUUACCCGAGCUACGCUUACGCUCACGACGACGGCAAGUACUGGCCAGGCAAAUACGAGGCAAAGGCAUACUACCCAGCUUACAAGUCCGCCUACCCAGCCGUCUACCACUACUGA